CCGCUUCAUUCUAUUCCAUUUCCUUCUUCUUUUUUUUUUUUUUUUUUGCAUCCAUUUUUCCCGCAUUUAAGAAAACUGUGGGGGAAAGAAAUGAUGACCCAGGAGGCGAGGAGAGGAGAGAGGAGAGAGAACACGGAAGCGCGGUGGAGGUUAUAAAGGGAAAGAGGGGAUAAAAGGAGGGAAGAAGGAAGACAAAAAAGGGAGGAGGGCGCUGAAAAUAAAUAAUAAAGGAAAUAAAAUUUAAAAAAAAGGCCUCGGGAUUGAUAUAUGUGAUCAUUCUCCUGUUUGUGAUGGAUGAGCGCGAGCCGGGUGUGUGCACAGGACGCAGUGGGCAUGGGUUAGACUGGGAUUAGUCAUGAUGUGGAGAUAAAACAUCUCUUUUUGAAAAAGAUGUCAGCUCCGGAGAUGCCGGACCUGAGCCACCUGACCGAGGAGGAGAGGAAGAUCAUCCUCUCGGUCAUGGAUCGGCAGAAGAAAGAAGAAGAGAAGGAGCAGUCCAUGUUGAAGGAGUCUCCCAACACAGGGCCAAUGUCCCAGCUUUCUCAGAGGCUGCAUCAGCAGUUUGAGAUGUAUAAGGAUCAGGUGAAGAAGCUCGGUGAUGAGGCUCAGAAGACUCAGGAGCAGAAGAGCGACUCUCCAACCUGCGGAAUUUGCCACAAAACCAAAUUUGCCGACGGCUGCGGCCACAUGUGUUCUUAUUGCCAAACCAAGUUCUGCGCUCGCUGCGGGGGAAGAGUGUCUCUGCGCUCCAACAAGGUAAUGUGGGUGUGCAAUUUGUGCCGAAAACAACAAGAAAUCCUCACCAAGUCAGGCGCCUGGUUCUAUGGAGGUGCUGAGGGCCGAAGGUUAGGACCUGAGGUCAAAGGUCAUCUAGACCCAUCUGGAUUAGCUGUGAAAAGCACUUCAGGUGUUCCAGUGGACAGGAGAAGAAGCCCAUCGGCGUCCAGGACUCACAAAGGGGACGUCGUAGGACGAUCUCAGCAUGGGGACGGCGUCAUACCUCGCUCUCCGUCUGACUCGAACCGCUGGCGCUACCAGGAACGCCACCGGGACGUUCAGAUAGACGAGCGCGAGCUCCAGCGGCAACGCGAGGAGGAGUAUCGCUCUCGGUACCGCAGCGACCCCAACCUUGCGCGGUACCCUGUUAAACCGCAGCCCUACGAGGAGCAGAUGCGAAUCCACGCUCAGGUUUCUAGAGCACGACACGAGCGGCGCCACAGUGACGUUUCCUUGGCUUUCACAGAGCUCGAAGAGGCUUACAACGGUUUUGACGGCCAACGCCCCACGUCAAAGCGCUCGUAUUCCGUAGACAGAAGCUCGCCGGCUCUCAGGACAUUCAGUAAAGCACACCGUCUGGACCCGGGCAUGAUGGAUGGUGUGAUGAGGACAGACUCGCUCAGCUCGGAUCAGUCAGACUCGAUGAGGCCUGUGAGGAGCCGGAGAUCAGGACGGUUCAGGGCGGCGGGGAGCUUCAGCAGUUCGGAGGAGGAGAUCAACACCACGCCGGAGUACACAAGCUGUGAAGAUGUGGAGCUUGAGUGCGAAUCCUUUGGUGAGAAAGGAGAUAUGGACGGCCACUGGUGGGAUUAUGCGUCUUGGCAUAACGAGUCCUCGCCAAUGUCUAUGCACCCGGUGACGUGGCAGCCGUCCAAAGACGGAGAUCGGUUAAUCGGGCGGAUUUUGCUGAACAAGCGGAUGAAGGACGGCACGGUGCCCCGAGACACGGGCGCUCUGCUGGGCCUCAAGGUGGUUGGAGGGAAAAUGACUGAAUCUGGUCAGCUUUGUGCUUUUAUUACCAAAGUGAAAAGAGGAAGCUUAGCGGAUACAGUCGGCCAUCUCCGACCAGGUGACCAGGUUCUCGAGUGGAACGGCAGAGUUCUUCAGGGAGCCACGUUUAAAGAAGUUUAUAACAUUAUUCUCGAGUCCAAACCUGAGCCGCAGGUCGAGCUCCUGGUCUCGCGGCCCAUCGGUGACGUACCCAGAAUCCCCGAGAGCACACAUGGACAGCUUGAAUCCAGUUCAAGUUCAUUUGAAUCGCAGAAGAUGGGUCCAGCCAUUUCCGUCACGUCUCCUAUGAGUCCCGGCGUCCUUCGUGAUGCUCCACAGCAUCUGUCCGGACAACUUUCAAGUCCAUGCCUUAAUAGAAGAACCACGCCUUUUGUCCCUAGGGUCCAGGUUAAGCUGUGGUACGACAAAGUGGGACACCAACUCAUCGUCACCAUUUUGGGCGCCAAAGACCUGCUCGCUCGAGAGGAUGGCCGUCCCAGGAACCCCUACGUCAAAAUUUACUUCCUUCCUGACAGAAGUGAUAAAAGCAAGAGAAGGACGAAAACAGUGAAGAAGUCGCUAGAACCUAAGUGGACCCAGACGUUCAUGUACUCGCCCGUGCACAGGCGUGAGUUCAGGGAGCGAAUGCUGGAGAUCACGCUGUGGGACCAGGCACGGGUUCGAGAGGAGGAGAGCGAGUUCCUUGGAGAGAUUUUAAUAGAGCUGGAGACGGCCCUGCUGGACGAUCAGCCUCACUGGUAUAAACUCCAGACGCAUGACGUUUCCUCCAUGCCGCUGCCGAACCCUUCACCGUACCUGCAGAGACGCUUCGUACAGGGAGAGAGUCCGACACGGAGACUACAGAGAUCACAGCGAAUCAGUGACAGCGAGUUUUCUGACUACGAAUGCGAGGACGGAAUUGGCGUCUUAUCAGAUUACCGGCACAACGGCAGAGAGAUCCAGAGCUCCACUCUGUCCGUUCCCGAGCAGGUCAUGUCGUCCAAUCAUCGCUCUCGAUCGGACGUGAUGCGCAACCGCUCUCGUUCUCCCAGCGUUCCUCCUCCUCACAGUCGGAGUUUGGACCACGGCGUGAGAGGACCGGUGCAUUAUGGGCCUCGACAUCGACUAUCCGAAGACCGAUAUUCUCCUGAUAGAAACUCAGUCACUCACCCUCAUCGAGUCCGAACCAGAUAUCACACCAUUGAUACGCCUUUCCAGGACCACAGGAGGAUGAAGCGAGAUAGGCGAAUGUCGGUCUACAGCGACUCGUAUGAAUCGCCUGAGAGACAUUACAAUGGUCCCAAUCACGUUCCCUCACCGUGGCCCGAUCACAUCAUGAACGGAUCCUCGGACGAUUACAGGAACUGUCCCAAGAUCGAAAUCGAGCCUUCAACAGACGCAGAAAGAGAGGAUCAUAUACCAGAGUUUCCAGUUAGCCACGAGCCAUUUGAGGAGGAUUUGAGGUACGCUCGUGCCACCGUGGACAGGCAUUACAGGUCGAGGUCGGCCGACCAGCGCCCGAUGAUGGAGAGACAGUUCUACACGCGCUCGCGCUCGUCCGAGCGUCCUGAACCGUCCUACAUGAGGUCCAUGCCGUCUUUACCCUCCAGGAGAUCCGCCCCUCCCUCUCCUGCCUUAACGAGGGCGAAUCCUCGGGCCGGAUCGGUCCAAACGAGUCCCUCGGGCACGCCGGCGUCCGCCCGGAGAGGGCGGCAGCUGCCGCAGGUCCCUCCGAAGGGCUCCGUCGACAGGAAUGGUGGCGAGGGCGUGGCAGAGCCUUACGAAGGUUCUCUAAAGGAUCCAUCCAGGCGGGGAAUGGACAGCCUGUCUAUGAAGUCCUCGGACAGCGAUGUUAGUGACGUGUCCGCCAUGUCCAGCGCGUCUCGGCUCAGCAGCGCAAGCUACAUGUCCGUCCAGUCUGAGAGAGCACGGGCUGCUCGCAAAAUCAGUGGGUUUACGUCCAAAAUGAAACACAGGGCUCCGACAGCGACUCCCGGCGCCAACAUCACCAAGAGCUCCAGCGUCGGAGGAGAAAUGUGCUCGCUCGGCAGGAACGACGAAGAUGAGGAUGACAAGAAGAGGCGCUCUAGCUUCGGGGCCAAGAUGGCCGCCAUGGUGGGUCUGAAGAAGAAGAGCCAGAGCACAUCACAGCUGGAUCCAGAGGAGGAGGGGAAGAAGAAGAAACCAGUGCGUUUGGCCAUUCAGAGGAGUGUAGAGACGGGCUUGGCCAUUGAGAUGAAGAGCAGAAUGACACGACAGCUGAGCAGAGAGACGGCUGAGGAAGGAGAGAAACCCAAACCGGGAAAUCUUAUUUUCCCCGGUGUAAAAAUCUCAACUGACAGUCAGUUCACCGAGUUCUUGGACGGUCUAGGCCCCGCCCAACUUGCUGGGAGACAGACACUUGCCACGCCCCCAAUGGGCGAUAUCCAGAUCGGCAUGGUGCACAGGAAAGAGCGUCUUGACGUGGAGGUGAUUCGUGCUAGAGGUCUGGUGGGAAAACCGGGCAACAAACAGACGCCAGCACCCUACGUUAAAGUCUAUUUACUGGACAACGGGAAGUGUAUAAACAAGAAGAAGACGAGGCUGGCAAGGAAAACAUUGGACCCUCUAUAUCAGCAGCAGCUGCAGUUCGAGGAGAGUCCUGAGGGAAAAGUGUUACAGAUCAUUGUGUGGGGAGAUUAUGGCCGCAUGGACCACAAGUCAUUCAUGGGCGCUGCUCAGAUCCUAUUGGACGAUUUAGAGCUCACCAACAUGGUCAUUGGCUGGUACAAACUGUUUCCCCCCACCUCGUUGGUGGAUCCGACGUUAGCUCCUUUGAGCAGAAAAGCUCCUGAAGGAGCGACCGACAAAUCAAAUGUUCGCUCAUAACGGCGCCAAGAUGUCCUCUGCAUGCUUCACGCUGCGUCCCGUGGGAAGGCUGAGCGCAAGAACACGCCGCCGUCUUCCUGCUGCCAAAAGAGAAACGAGGAAACGGGGAGACGCGGGAGCCGAGCAUUUGGGUUCGAGCAUCGUUAAUGUCAGACAGACAGACAGACAGACGGCUCAGAGGUCCGAAGCUCGACUCAAUGUGGGAUAGAAGAAGACAAAUAACACUUAAACAGGAGUCGAACGUAAACAGAAGAGAUCUUUUUGGGAUGGAAAGACACCAACCUUUGGCUGAUUUGUUUCCUUUUCAAAUGGAGAACAGUGUGAUUUUCCAGAGCUUUGGCUGUCUGUAGAGAAAUGAGAAGAAGACACCAACAAAAAGCCAUGCGGACCAACAAAGGGUAGGCUGAGAAAAUGAGAAGAACAGAUGGUUACAGUGGAGCUCAGAAAUCCCAAACUCGACUCCGUCAACAAGGGUGUGGCUGGAAGACGUGAAGAAGAACAAAAUUAAGCUCUCUUAGGAUAACGUAUACAGAAAGAGGAACAAAGGUUCACCUUUUGAGAGAAAGAUGACAAACCUCGGCUGUUCUGUUUCAUGUCAGUGUUGUUUUUUCCAGGACUUGGGUGGAAAAAAUAAAUAAAUAAAUAAAUAAACAAAAAUGCACAAAAAGUCAUGUGGACCAACAGUACUGGGGUGAAGAGAAGAUUAAAAUGGACGAAUCCAGGACAAGAACAAUAAAGCCAAUUUCAGCUGAUUUAAAGAGAACGAUGGUCACAAUAACAUUUAUUUGGACGUUUUGUUUCAUAUGCAAAAGGACCUCAGUGUUCUCCAUAAAAAGUUUGGGAUAUCUGCAAAAAACAACAACAACAACACUACACAAAAAAGCCAUGAGUGGGCUAACACGAGCAAGAGAAAGAGAGAAGAAGCUGAGAAUGACGUCUCCAUAGCCCCACUGCACUUCCUCCAUCAAGCCAGAUAAAUAUCAUUAAUUAUCAAAAGUUCCUGUUUUAAUAAACUUUCAAAAACAAAUCUAGAGGAAAAAAGAGAACUCUUUUACGCUCUGGUAUGAUGCUAUUUUCAGUGAUGUACUGUAUUAAAGUCAUGAGAAAAAUUUAUCUUUUCUUUUUUUUUUCUUUUCUUUUUUUUGUGCAUGGAUGCAAAUUAUACAAAUAAAACUAUUAUUUUCUUCAAGGCUGCUGCUAAUAAAAGAAAAAAGAAAAGAGAUGGAAACGAGAGCCCGGUCGGCCAUUUUGAACGAUUUCUAUUCAGUUGAAUGAAGAGAAAUCUCCAGUGCAUGCUUUACAGUAAGAGUGACUGCGUUGAAGAUUAAGAUGUGGUUGUAGUUGUACGUCUGUAUUUGUUGCAGAUCAGCAGCGGUGUGAUCUGGGAAAAAUAAAACCCAUUUCCUAAUAGAAAAAGACUUUUUUUAAAUACCAUAUUUUCCAGACUACAUUGUGCGGUGUUUUUCACCUUGUAGUUGCUACAGUACGCAUAUCAUAAUUCUUGCUUACGCUGAUUCUUAGUGUGAUUAUUUUUCUAAACAAAUAGAGAAACUGAAAUCACACAUUUUAAUAAUCAUGCGUAAACAAUAACAAUAACAAUAACAAUAACAGCUGUCCUGGUGGAUAGAAAUCACUGUUUAGCCAGAAGGAAACCUCCGUGCUCAACAUGUUAGUGUUUAUCUCCAUGCAGAGUUUAGCAGGAUAUGACUCAUAGUCUGGAAAACACGGUAAACAGAUUAGACCCUUAAAAUACUUUUAUUUCAAAUCUAUGACUUGUGGUUAUUAUAAUUGUGUGCAAACUGCACUUUUCUCUUUCUUCCAUCUGCUUUCAGGCUGCCAUGUUGAUUUGUUUCCACUGGGAGGCACUGUGUUUUAUUCUUAUUGUAUUUUCACCUUUCGUUUCUCCAUUUAUUUGUCCAAAAUCAAACAUGUCAUCAACAACAACAAAGAAAAAAAGGUUAAGACUAAUUCCCACUUUUGAGCAUGUUUUACUAAAAGAUUAAUCAGUGUGAGAGUUCGUGGUUAGUGCAUGUGGACGUGAAGCUCAUCUCUCUGAUCUUCAACUUUAUCAAACGCCGUUUCAGCUCAUUUUGUUUCCCCAUUUUAUUAUUAUUAUUAUUAUUAUUAUUAUUAUUAUUAUUUUUGCAUUUCAUUUCUCCUUUAAAAACCAGGUGAUUCCCAGUGAAAUAAAGAAAAACCACACGUUUGCAAGGGAGACCUGGCCAAGUUGUUCAAAUGGAUAUUAAAGUAAUUUUAUAUUUAACAGAAGUUGAGUAGUAAGCUUGCAGGUAUAUUUUAUUUUAAUAUUGUAAUAAAGAAAAAGAUUUUUUUUUUUAAAUGACCCCAUUAGACGGUGCAGUGUGUCACAGACUGGUUUAUGAAAAUGGGAAAAUUGCCACACAAUUUUGAAUUGUUUUCUUGUUUUGAGAAAAAAAAUUAAUAAUAAUAAAAAAAACACUCUGUGUUAUUUAUUCUUUGCAUGUUGUUAUUAUUUAGAUUUUUUUCUCCUACACUGAUUGACACC